GUGCCUGCGUUUGCGGCUGGUUUGGACGGCAAGUCGAACGGAAAAACGCCGAGAAGCCUAGUUUCCACACCUGUUGGUCUUCUUCCAAGUAGUUGCUCUGGCUCUGCCUUAGGUGGCCGCGCGGGAAACGAAGAAAAGGAACGACUGCUCCCAGCACCUGACUGCGAAGAGAGACUGCAGCGAGGCCUCCGAGCUACAGACUCUGGUGGUUCUGAUCGUCAGCGGAUCCAAUACCAACUAGAACUACAGCCACG